AUGUGGACCUUCAGUCUGCUUCUCUUCUGGGGCAGUGUGGGCUGGGGCUGGGAGAUAUGGAAUAGCACCUUUCGCUGGCAGGAUUCACGAGGACCAGAUGUGAAUGAGUGUGAAAAUACUUCGGUGUGCCCACCUUUUUCCACCUGCACCAACACCUUGGAGAGUUACUACUGCACCUGCAAACUGGGCUUCCUGACCAGCAAUGGACAAAUGAAAUUCAAGGGCACAGAGGCAGAGUGUAAAGAUGUGGAUGAAUGCUCUGCGACACCAUCACUCUGCGGUCCUGCCUCGCUCUGCAAAAACCUGCCAGGGGUAUACAAGUGCAGCUGUUUCCCAGGGUUCUCAGCCGCUCAUAGAACAACCUGGGUCCCCAGAAAGACAGGAAGACUCACCUGUUCAGAUGUGGACGAGUGCCUCAACAGUAGCAUCUGCCCAGAGAACUCUGAUUGUGUCAACUCUGUGGGAAGCUACAGUUGCAGCUGCCAGGCUGGUUUCGUCUCUAGGAAUUCCACCUGUGAAGACAUUGAUGAGUGCUUCCAAGAUCAAUUACUGUGUGGCCUCAAUUCUGUCUGCACCAAUGUUCUGGGGUCCUACAACUGUAGAUGCAUGGUAGGGUUUCGUCCUGACCCAGAAAGCUCCUGGAAAGACAGAAACUUCAACUGCAAAAGGGUUACCUUAAAGUGUAAAGAAGAUGUUAUACCCGACAAUGAGCAGGUCCAGAAAUGCCAAGGCAGAGCAGCAAUGGGUCCUGGAAAUGUGCCCUUCUGUGCCAUAAUGAAUGCCACCUUCAGUGUUCUGGAUGGUGCUUGUGAAAAUAAAACCACGGCUGUCUCUCUGGAGGGUGCGGUGGAGAGCUUUGCCAGUGUGCUUGAAGAAACAGACACAUGGUCCAAUUUCACCAAGGAAGAGACGUCCACGCUGGCUACCAUUGUGCUGGAGAGCGUGGAAAACACCGUGCUGGCAGCUUUCCUGAAGCCCUCAGAGAAUGAUAGUCAGACGAUUCAGACUGAGUCUGUAGACGUUGAUAGUAAAGUUAUCAAAGAAGAAUGCAAUGAAGAGGAAGCCUUCCUCAACUUGAAGGCUAAAGGGGAUGGGAUGAAGAUCAGAUGUUCCACAAUUGAGGAAUCGGAAUCUGCAGGCACCACUGGGGUAGCGCUUGUCUCCUUUUCUGGCAUGGAGUCCAUUUUAGAUGAACGUUACUUCCAAGACCCCCAAGACUACUUGACCAACUCAAAGAAGUUCAGGAUGAAUUCUCGAAUUAUUAUGGGUGUCAUGACUGGGGAGAAGAAAGAUGGCUUCUCAGAGACAAUCAUCUACUCUCUGGAGAAUACCCAGCCAAAGCAGGCACUUGAGAAGCCGAUGUGUGUUUCCUGGAGCACAGACAUAGAGGGAGGGCGGUGGACACCCUCUGGCUGUUUGGUCCUUAAUGCUUCUGAGAUGCAUACCACCUGCAGCUGUAAUCGGAUGGGGAACCUGGCUAUCAUCAUGGCUUCCAGUGAGCCCACAAUGGAGUUUUCCUUGUACGUGAUCAGUCAUGUGGGUAUGAUCAUCUCUUUGGUGUGCCUCGCCCUGGCCAUUGCCACAUUUCUGCUGUGCCGGGCCAUCCGUAGCCACAAUACCCACCUCCACCUGCAUCUCUGCGUGUGCCUGUUCCUGGCCAAGAGUCUCUUCCUCGUUGGUAUAGACAAGACUGACAACAAGAUUGGUUGUGCCAUCAUUGCUGGCUUCCUGCACUACUUUUUCCUUGCCUGCUUCUUCUGGAUGCUGGUGGAAGCCAUAAUGCUCUUCCUGAUGGUCAGAAACUUGAAAGUGGUGAAUUACUUCAGCUCCCACAACAUCAAGAUGCUGCACCUCUGUGCCUUUGGCUAUGGACUCCCAGGAGUGGUGGUGGUCAUUUCUGCAAGUGCACAACCACGGGGUUAUGGGAUGCAUAAUCGAUGCUGGCUAAAUACAGAGACGGGGUUCAUCUGGAGCUUCUUGGGGCCAGUUUGCACUAUCAUAAUGGUCAACACUAUCCUCCUCACCUGGACAUUGUGGAACCUGAGGAAGAAACUUUCUUGUGUCAACACAGACAUUUCAACACUCAAAGACAGCAGGUUACUUACCUUCAAGGCUUUUGCCCAACUCUUCAUUUUGGGUUGCUCCUGGGUGUUGGGAAUUUUCCAGAUUGGACCCAUAGCCAGUCUUAUGGCCUAUUUGUUCACCAUCAUCAACAGCCUGCAAGGGGCCUUGAUCUUUCUCAUUCACUGCCUGCUCAACCAUCAGGUGCGAGAAGAAUACAAGAGAUGGAUCACCAGGAAGACCAAGUCCAGCUCCCAGUCUCAGACCUCUGGGAUCUUACUGUCCUCUGUUUCCUCCACUUCAAAAAUGGGAUAAAGUCACUUCUUGCUCCCCAACAUUCUGUAGAUCAAACUUCGAUGAAAACAGGUGCCCAGAGGGAGCCACCAAUAAAUCUUCACUUUGGACCUUUGUGCUGACAUGCAGACUCUCGUCAUGCCCAGAAUGUUCUGGAAUGUUUUCCCAUGAUUUCUUGAAUGGGAGUUUUACCUUUCAUGUUCCACAACUCUUUACCAAACCCUGUCCAGAGAGCUGUGGUAAGAACAGAUCCAGGUCAAUGACACCAGCAAGAUCAUCUGCCAUUAUGUCUUCUCCUGAGUGUGUUAGUUCCUGGUCCCAAGAAUGUGACUCCAGCCUGGCUUCCCAUUCCCUGGCACAGAGUAGCACCCAAUAAAUGAUUUAUCUGCUGA